GGCAUGACGUAUUCGACCGGAUAUUUAUAUAAACAACUAGGAGAAUUCUGGCUUGCCAUAAAACUUUGAUCAAAAUCAUCUUCUUAUAGUAAAAUGGCACCUUCAGGUCUUGCAAUCAUCAUUGGCGCCGGUCCAACAAGCGGUCGCGGCAUCGCCCGUGUUCUCGCCCGUCAAGACGGCGGUAACCUCGCCGUCGCCAUCUUGGCCCGCAACGCCGAUAACCUCAACAGUCUGCGCGACUCACUCCGCAAAGAAACCAACGGGGUUCUUCAUUCUUUCCCUACAGACACUCAGCCGGAAAACCUACGCCAGGCGUUCAAAGACAUCGCCAACCAUGAAGACUUCAAGGAUCUCAAGCUCAAGCUGGCAAUUUAUCACGUCAAGCACGCCAGCAAGAAGCCUUUCCUUGAAGAAACGCCCGAGGAGUUCAACGAAAGCAUGCAGGUAUACACCACCGGCGCAGUAGUCUUCGCCCAAGAAGCUCUCAAGCUCAUGUACGAGCAAAACGGCGGCCAGACCCUUCUUGCCGAUACAAACGGUGCCAAGAAGGGUACUAUUAUUUUCACUGGCACACUGGGAGCUAUGCGUACAAACACUGGCUACGCAGCUUACGGAGCGACUCGCGCCUCUGCUAGAAUGGUUGCGCAGGCUAUUGCGAAGGAGCAUAGCAAGUUUGGCAUUCAGUGCGUUCAUGCUAUUGCGAAUGGAAGGAUUACGGAUGAGGAUACUGAAGAGACGAGGACCGGAAAGCAUAUGAGGGCUGAAGAUGUUGGACAGACGUAUUUGUGGCUUUCGCAGCAACCGAGUUCGCUUUGGGUUCAUGAGUUGGACUUGAGACCUGCGCAGGAGUCGUUUUAGAAUGUCAAAGUUACUGAUGUACCUCGACACGGUGAUAAGUUCAGUACAUGCGUCAAAAGUAAAACACGCUACUUACCAACGUGUGAUGUGACGUUUUGUGAAAGGUGGCUAUUG